AGGCCCAACUAUUAAAUCCUCACAAAAUAAUUGCUGUGAGUUUCUAGGGCUCCAUUCCCAAAAUUCAUGCUUGUUCUUCUUGUUGGAUGAAUUAGGGCAUAUACACAUAAUAUAUUUUUGAAACUGUGUGUGUAAUUUGAGAGAUGUCUCGUCACGAUAAUCGAUACAAUGCGGAUGGCGAUGCGGAUCAAGGUGGUUCUUCGCCGUACGAUGUUUUCGAAGAUCGAUCUUCGCAUCAUCAAAAGCAAAAAUAUAAUGAGCCAGAACGUGAGAGGUUGAGGACUAGAGAAAGAGAUCAAGAUAGGGAUUCAGGAAGGGAUCGCCGUCAUAGUGAUUACCAUGAUCGCAGUGGCAGAGAUGGCAGGGGUAGGGGCAGAAACGAGGAUAGUGGUCGCUCCAGGAAUCAUGAUUACAGCAGGCGCCAUGAUUAUGACCGAGAUAAAGAAAGGCAUCAUAGACACAGAUCACGUUCCCCAUCAGUGGAGAGAUCUAGGGACAAAUCCAGAUCUCGCUCAAAAAGCAAGCGGACAAGUGGUUUUGACAUGGCACCUACGGUUGCCACCACCUUGCCUGGUGCACCAGGCCAACAGCCAGAAGCUCCUCAAGCAAUGCCUGGAAUGUUCCAGAAUAUGUUUCCUUUUGGAACGGCACAGAUGGGAGCUGUUCCCAUGAUGCCAGCACAAGCCAUGACUCAGCAGGCUACAAGGCAUGCGCGACGAGUUUAUGUUGGUGGUCUUCCUCCGUUGGCUAACGAGCAGACAAUUGCAACCUUUUUUAGCCAUAUCAUGACAGCGAUUGGAGGAAAUUCUGCAGGCCCAGGUGAUGCCGUUGUGAAUGUGUACAUUAAUCAUGAAAAGAAAUUUGCAUUUGUGGAGAUGAGAACAGUUGAAGAAGCAAGUAAUGCAAUGGCCUUGGAUGGAAUAAUGUUCGAGGGAGUUUCUGUCCGUGUUAGACGGCCUACCGAUUACAACCCUUCAUUGGCUGCAGCACUUGGUCCAAGCCAACCAAAUCCUCACCUUAACCUGGCUGCUGCUGGACUUACACCUGGUGGGUUAGGUGGAGCCGAAGGACCAGAUCGUAUUUUCGUUGGUGGGUUGCCAUACUACUUCACUGAAGUGCAGAUAAGAGAAUUACUAGAGUCGUUUGGGCCUUUGCGUGGUUUUGACCUUGUUAAGGAUCGUGACACUGGAAACUCCAAAGGAUAUGGCUUCUGUGUCUAUGAGGAUCAAGGUGCAACUGAUGUUGCAUGUGCUGCUUUAAACGGCUUAAAAAUGGGUGAUAAAACCCUAACUGUUCGACGUGCUACCAUCAGCAAUGGGCAGGUGAAAUCUGAACAAGAAAGUAUAUUAGCUCAAGCACAACAGCAUAUUGCUAUACAGAAAAUGGCGCUGCAGGUUGGAGGAGUAAAUCUUCCUGGAGUAGGUACAGGACCAGAAGAAGAUAUUGCGUCUCCAACCAAAAUCUUAUGCUUAACUGAGGUGAUAACAGCCGAUGAAUUGAUGGAUGACGGCGAAUAUGAAGAAAUACUAGAAGACAUGAAGGAUGAAGGGGGGAAGUUUGGAGAUCUGGUAAAUAUCGUGAUUCCACGUCCAAGCCCAAGUGGAGAACCGAUUGAAGGUCUUGGGAAGGUGUUCUUGGAGUAUGCUGAUACCACAGGAUGUUCAAAUGCAAGGGAAGCUCUUAGUGGGCGGAAAUUCGGGGGUAACAGUGUCAUCGCUGUCUAUUAUCCUGAAGACAAAUUUUAUAACGGAGAUUAUGGGGCUUAGGAACUGGUAUCUUUCCCAUAGUAUAGUAUCUAACACUGACUGGGAGCUGUUACAAAUAACAUUUUCGUAACGAGCAACAAGUUAUGACAGUGUAAUGUUGCUCUUGGUUGUAUUUUAAUAUAUAAUAAAUCAAUAUUUAAGAUCACUUGCUGAUA